GUCCCCAUCCAAGAUGGCGGCGCCCAUCGGCCGCCGUACGGCUCAGUGACCACAAUGGCGGCGCCGGUACCGGCCCCCACCGGAGCCGUUCGUGCCGUACUGAGGCCCAGCGGGGCCCUGCCCCCCGGAGCACUUCCGGUUCGCGGCUAUGACUUCCGGGGGGGUCCGGACCACGCGGAGCUGCUCCGGUCGUUCCUCACUACCGGGUUCCAGGCCACGAGCUUCGCGCAGGCCGCGGCCGAGAUCAACCGGAUGAUUGACGCGAAGCUGCAGCCGCUGACGCAGGAGGAACAGGCGCGAGCAGCACUUGGGGGGCUCAGACCCACAACCGGAUGUACCAUAUUCCUGGGGUUCACCUCCAACAUCAUCAGCUCCGGGGUCAGGGAGAGCAUCCGGUACCUGCUGCAGCACAACAUGGUGGAUGUUGUUGUCACCACUGCUGGGGGGGUUGAAGAGGAUCUGAUCAAGUGUAUGGCACAUACCUACAUAGGGGACUUCAGCCUCCGGGGUCGGGAGCUGAGGGACAAUGGGAUCAAUAGGAUCGGGAAUCUCCUGGUUCCCAAUGACAAUUACUGUAAGUUCGAGGACUGGGUGAUGCCCAUUCUGGACCGGAUGGUGGAGGAGCAGGAGACACAGGGCACCAAGUGGACCCCAUCGAAGAUGAUCGCGAGGUUGGGGCAGGAGAUUGACAACCCAGAGUCAGUUUGGUACUGGGCACAGAAGAACCGGAUCCCAGUGCUCAGUCCUGCCCUCACCGAUGGUUCUCUCGGGGACAUGAUCUUCUUCCAUAGCUACAAGCGGCCGGGGCUGGUGCUGGACAUAGUGGAAGAUCUUCGCCUCAUCAACACUGAAGCCAUAUUCGCCAGGAAGACUGGAAUGAUCAUCCUCGGGGGGGGGCUGGUGAAGCAUCACAUUGCCAAUGCCAACCUGAUGCGGAACGGAGCCGACUUCUCCGUCUAUGUGAACACUGGGCAGGAGUUUGAUGGUUCAGACUCAGGAGCUCGUCCGGAUGAGGCUGUUUCCUGGGGCAAGAUCCGCACGGAUGCGACACCCGUCAAGGUCUAUGCUGAUGCCUCCAUCGUCUUCCCAUUGCUGGUGGCCGAGACCUUUGCCCAGAGAGCUGAUGCUUUCCCUAUGGGUCCAGCCCCAUAGCGCAGGGGGAUGCUGAGGAUGGGAACUGACCCCCACGUUAUGUGGGGCUGAGCCCCACAUACCCCAUAGGGGCUUCAAUCCACCCAUAUAUGUGUGUGUCCCAUUCCAGUGCUGUAUUUAUUGCCCCCAAUAAAGCCCAUCCAGACAAUGGA